CGGAAGAUGGAAAAGGUGGUAGGCUAACUUAGAGCUUCAGCUUCCCAGAUCUGUCUGGACCGCUUGAAGCUAAGGUGAAAAAACCUACGAGAUGUACAUUUGUUAACCCACCAAUAGAACCAAGCCAAGUAAACUUUUGACCUUCUAUCCUUCUUAACCACAACAUACCCUCACCAAAAUUUCAAUUCUGCACUUGUGACUUCCUUUCCACUUUCUUCAUUUUUUGUAGAUGCAGCAGAAAUCUCUUGGCACGCACCUUCACCAUUCUAUCUGCAUUUGAACAGUAGGAUCUUUGCUAACAAUGGAUAUUUCUCACUGGGUCUUUGUUGUUUCGGUUCUUCUCCUCUUUUUGGCAUCUGGGUCUUUCUCAAUCGGCAGUUUUCACCAACCAUUUCCUAUCGUGGAGCCUGAUCCUGGUCAUACAAAGCUUCGCCUUUCGAGGGAAGGCUUGGAAGCCAUCAGCAGAAUAAAUACCCCAAUUGCAGCUGUUGCUGUCAUAGGUCCCUACCGCUCCGGCAAAUCUUUUCUGCUGAAUCAACUUCUAUCACUUUCUUGUUAUGAAGGAUUUGGUGUUGGGCACAUGCGUGACACAAAAACAAAGGGAAUUUGGGUUUGGGGAACACCGCUAGAAUUGAAUAUUGAUGGAGUAAGAACUUCUGUCUUUUACCUUGAUACUGAGGGUUUUGAAAGUGUCGGGAAGUCAAAUGUAUAUGACGAUAGGAUUUUUGCUUUGGCUACUGUUAUGAGCUCUGUACUGAUUUAUAACCUGCCUGAGACGGUCCGGGAAGCUGACAUAUCAAGGCUUUCAUUUGCUGUUGAGCUUGCUGAAGAAUUUUAUGGAAGGUUUGCCCUUCUUCCAUAAACUGAACAGAAAGCAUUACUAACUUAUCUUGUGGUUUUUGACAAACAAUUCAUGGAACACAGAGUGAAGGGGCAAGAUGUUGCUUUUGAACCUGCAAAACUUUUGUGGCUUAUCCAGCGAGAUUUUCUGGAAGGGAAAACAGUGAAAGAAAUGGUGGAUGAGGCACUUAGACAUGUCCCUAACACUGGUGGAGACAAAAAUAUUGAUCAGGUUAAUCAGAUCCGGGACUCCUUAGCUGUAAUGGGGGAUAAUAGCACAGCAUUUAGCCUACCCCAGCCUCAUCUCAUGCGAACAAAGCUUUGUGACCUGAAGGAUGAUGACCUUGAUCCCAUGUAUGUUAAGAAAAGAGAGCAAUUGAAAGAGCUUGUAGCUAGUAUUAUUCGCCCCAAGAUUGUGCAGGGCAAAUCUUUAAAUGGAAAAGAGUUUGUUUCAUUCCUGGAGAAGAUACUUGAAGCUUUGAAUAAAGGGGAGAUCCCAUCAACAGGCUCUCUUGUAGAGGUUUUCAAUAAAGGUAUUGUAGAGCGAUGUUUGAAGCUGUACAACGGAAGGAUGGGAAAAUUACGUUUACCUAUGCCAGAGCAGUCCUUACAAGAUGCCCAUGACAGGUCUCGAGAGGAAGCAAUGAAGGCUUUUGAUGAACUACAUUUUGGUCGUCGCCAUGCAAAGAGCUCUUUCGAGCAACUGGAUGAAGACAUCAAGGAGGUAAAUAAAAAUAUCAUUAUGGCGAAUCAAUAUCACUCUGCAAGGCUCUGUGAGGCGCUGUAUACCCAAUGUGAAGACAACAUGGACCAGCUUCAAGUCCUCAGACUUCCUUCUAUGGCAAAAUUUAAUGCAGGUUUCCUGCAAUGCAACCGAAGCUUUGAGCAGGAGUGCAUUGGGCCUUCAAGAGCUAAUUAUGAGCAACGGAUGGUGAAGAUGAUGGGUAAGUCGCGUUCUCUGUUUAUCAAGGAAUACAAUCAACGACUCUUCAAUUGGUUGGUGACCUUCUCCCUCAUCAUGGUGAUGGUUGGCCGGUUUAUCAUAAAGUUCAUAUUGAUUGAAAUGGCAGCAUGGGUACUAUUUAUCUUCUUAGAGACAUAUACGAGGAUGUUCUGGUCAUCGGAGUCUCUUUACUACAACCCUGUGUGGCAUUUUAUUGUAUCCACUUGGGAAACUAUUGUCUACAAUCCCAUCCUUGAUUUGGACAGAUGGGCCAUUCCCAUUGGUUGUGCAGUAGCUCUUUGGAUGCUUUAUUGGCGGUGUUAUGGCAGACGGAAACACAAGUCGCGAUGGCUUUUACCUAUGUAUAAUAGUCAUAAAAGUGGCUCGAAUAGACCAAGAUCAGAUUAAUGGAGAAGCGAAUGUACCAUUUGUAUGCUUUUGAUCGAAUCAUCUCAACUUGGGCGAGCUUUUCCAUAUUUUUUGACUUACGAAAGCUCCCCUUUAACCAUAGAUUGUCAAAGACUGGGAAAGAGCCAGAAGAAAAAGCAUUAGGCAGCUACACUUGCAACAUCUUUUACUGUACCAUUUUAGAGAAACUGUUUGUAUUAAUAUAUAAUCAGUUGAUAUGUUUGAAAUGCCUAUUAUUUAAUAGCUUCAGCUUUCCUCA